UCCAGGCUGCAGAGGACGAUUUCUAGCUCAAUUGCUGAACUGGAGAGAAGUGAUAGGGAGUAGGGUUCUGCAUUUGUCCAAACUCUGUUAUUGAAUAGCUUCUGGGUGGGAGAAUUGACUCGAAAUUCACAGAAGAUGAAUUUCGUUGCUCGCCUUGCUUGAUAAAUGGAAAUUUGGAAGCGGCUGUGGAGUUGAUCGAUCACUCGAGCCCUUUCAAACUUGACGGUGACCUCUGUUCUUCCUUUCUAACAUUUUCCCUUUCCCUAAUGCAAAGUAGAGAAGUACCUAGGUGGUGCCGCCAAGAUGAUAGACUCAGACUGGCGACUGGCAAGCUCUUGUGAGGUGAACACGUACAAAAUCGGAUCUGGAAGCAGGGUCGAAGGAAGAAGGGUAACAUACAGUUUGUUGCCCAACAACUCCAAAUGCAGCGAUGAUAUUGUUUGCUUCUAGAGGGCUUUGAUUAAAGAUUCAACACUUCGCCGCCGUUGAUGCCCGACACAUGGCCAUUUGGAUUUAAGGGGUUGAUCAAUUCAGAGAUUAAUGUUUGGUUAAUCAACAGUCGGUCGACGAAGCUUCCCGCCGCCGUUGAUGCCCGACAUGCAUCCCUUUUGAUAUCAGGGGUUGUAGGCUUGGCUAAUCGCCAGCCAGCCGACGGGGAAAGCUAGAAGCAGUUCCGUACGACGACGGAGAAAGAGAUGAGGAGCUUACUAUGAAUAUGACCGCAUCCUACUAAACCCCUUAAGUAAUUAGGCGCUUUAUAUAUACUAAUCGUUUAUGUUGUGCAAAGAUAUGUGUUGUCUAGUGAAUUACAGAUCGAGCGAUGAGCGAGAUUCAGACAUGCAUGAUGAUCCUCGUUUUUAAGGUUUGUUUAGAGCGGCUAACAACCCCCGGGCCCGUCUAAACGAGGAGGAUUAGGUGGAUCUGGGUCAUCUGGUCUGGAGUAGCCAGCCCGUCACCUUUUUGGAUUAUGCGAUACAGUUGCUACAGAUUAAAGGUACGAGUGAACCAACAAACAAGUAUUAUUUCUAGAACAACAGUGCUGCUGAGACUGAGAAGAUAGUGGGUGGUUAUAUUUUCUCACAUAUGUAAAGAGGGUAACUAGGAUGCAUAGUUUUUGUACUCCGGUUUUCGAUCUUAUGUUGAAUCACUGGAUGACGUAUGAUUUUCAGGGGACUUUCUAGCACUCCGUUGAUUUUGAAUGAAAAAUAAGGUGCCACUACUUGUGGUAUAUUGUUAUUUUCUCGUCAACAUAUAUUUGCUUCGACUAGACAAGAAAAAGAAAUAUGCUAUUAAAAAAAAAAAAAAAAAAACUGGUGACGGAUCCAAUAUGCAUGGGGCUAGUUCUUAAAAUGUACUUUAAUGGCACUCAAGUCAAUGGUUGUCGCAAUCAAUUAAGACGAAACACGAGCUGUCUGUUGUUUACUAUUAUUAUUAUUAAAAAAAACAAGAAGAGGUACAAGAAAUAGACUAACAGAGUAAACAUGGGAGCAUCUUUACUAUAUAUAUUUAAGGUUGGAUCUGAAUGAUAAGCACAUGGCGAUAUAGCUAGCUAGAUAGAUUACCAACGAGCUGAUUAAGUAGUAGUGGUGCUGUUCAUAACAUACAUAUCCAAUCUCAAAAUUACCAGAGAAGCUAAGAGCAAUUAACAAUGGACGAUACCGUUGCAGUACUAAUCCUCAGUCUUUGCCUUCUCAUCGUAUCAAUAGCAUUCCUCCUAUUAACGAAAAGGUCUUGUUCCAAGAAGUCAGCCCAACCGCUUGGUGGGGUGCGGCCUCCUGGGCCGAGGACGCUGCCCAUCAUCGGCAACCUGCACCAGCUGGCGGGCUCGUCUCUCCCACACCGCCGCCUGGCCGAGCUGGCCAGGGAACAUGGGCCUCUGAUGCAGCUCCAGCUCGGACAGGUGUCCAGCGUCGUCGUUUCGUCCCCGGAGUGGGCCAAGCAGAUCAUGCAGACCCAUGAUCUCAACUUCGCCACCAGGCCCACAAUGCCUGCCGUCGACAUCUUAAUGUACGGCGGCCGUGACAUCGCGUUCGCUCCCCACGGGGAGUACUGGAGGAAGAUGAGGAAGGUCUGUGCCGUGGAGCUGUUGGGCCCCAAACGCGUCAAGUCGCUCCAGCCCACCAUGGAAACGGAGAUGAGUAAGCUGGUGGCGUCCAUCACCUCGUCUUCCUGUGGCCACGCUAGUCUUGAAAAAUCGGGUAAUAUCACUAGUCGAUCUUAAACUUUGAGAUUUGAAUAUUAUGUAUUCGUCAAUAGCUAGCUAGUACUAAUUAAUUAUGAAAAUCAACCUAUAUUAUAUUAAAGUACUGCAAUUUAUUUGUGGUAUUGGUUGGUUUCAAAGUAGUAUAUCGAUCAAGUAUGACUUCAUUCAUAAAUUUCAACCAUUAUACAGUGAUAGUAAAUAUUUUACCAGAAGAAAAAUUAAAGAGAUUUAGCCACGGGGAGGACACCCGUCUCUAAAGGUAGAUCCCGACGGUAAUCGGUGACGGGCGACGGACUAGAUGGUGGUCUUUAUAAGUAAAAACACGGGAUUAUU